UUCUCCGUUUGGUACAAAUUUGUCGAUAAGCCAGUAGCAAGAGCACAACACUUAUUAACAGGUGUUCUAAAACGUUUAAAAUACUCUUGUCGCAUUCUUGAAAGAGACCGCCUGCAAUACGGGGUCUCUUAAAUUGAUUUGUUUUAAACUAAAAAAUAAAAUAUAUAAUGACAAACGCAGAAUCUGGUCAGAAACAUGAAGCGGUCGACUUGGAUCAAAUAUUGGUGGACGAGAUUGGUCAGUUCGGCAAAUAUCAAAUCUUGACAUUGCUUUUGGCCGCUUUUCCUAUCAUGUUUUCUGCCUUCGCUGCGGGGGAGUACAUAUUCACUACCGCCAGGAUUAACACAAGGUGCCUGAUCCCCCAGUGCGAUAGCGCCAACCCAGAGUUCGCUCCAGCCUGGGUUCUGAAUGCUAUUCCAGGAACCAGCCCAACUUCUUUCGAUGCUUGCAAUAAAUAUGCGAACAGCACCAACCAGCCGCCCGUGACCGAGGGGACCUGUCCCGCAAAUCUGUUCGACACAUCCAGAACGUUGGCUUGCAGUGAUUAUGUUUAUGAGGAUCAACUGAGUGUGGUCUAUGAUUUCGACAUGGCCUGUGACGAAUGGCGUCGCUCGCAGAUCGGCUCCAUCCGGACCAUCGGUACUCUGCUGGUUCUCCCCGUCACCGGAUACAUCUCCGACAGGUGGGGCAGGAGAGUGGCCCUCACUAUCAAUGCCUUCAACACGGGCUGGCUGGGACUGGUGAGGUCCUUCGUUAACUCUUACGAGUGGUUCUUGGCCCUGGAAGUUAUUGAAUCCACUAUUGGCGCUGGUGCUUAUUCUUCGUGCUUCAUAUUGGUUACUGAACUGGUGGGUCCAAAAUACCGCGUGGUCGCCGGAGCGACAGUGUCCACACUCUUCGCGUUGGGACAAGUGUUCUUAGGUCUGAUCGCUUGGGGAGUCCCGCACUGGCGAUCGUUGACGCAAGUGAUAUACGCUCCACAGCUUCUAGUGGUCUCAUACUUUUGGAUUCUCUCCGAGUCCGUGCGCUGGUUGAUGAGCAAAGGUCGUUAUGAAGAGGCCGAGACGAUUCUGAAGAAAGUAGCACAAAGAAACAAUAAAGUUCUUUCAGAAAAGUCUCUAGAAGCAUUAAGAGCUACAGCCGAAGCUGAGAAACUGAUUGAAAAACCAAAAGAAGCUUGGCUUCCUCUACAGGUCAUUAGGUCUCGUGUGAUCCUAUCAAGGUGCUUGGUCUCUCCGUUCUGGUGGAUUACCAAUACUCUGGUCUACUACGGAAUGUCUAUCAACUCAGUUAAUAUGUCUGGAAAUCGGUAUUUGAAUUAUGUGGCCGUGGCUGCUAUAGAGAUCCCUGGAUAUUGGACCGCUAUUCUCUUGUUGGAUAGGAUUGGCAGGAAGCCAGUUCUGAUCGGUGCUUAUUGGCUGUGUGCCGCUUGUCAGUUUGGAUUUGCGUUCUUGCCUGAUGGUUACUAUGGCCUCUCUCUAUUCCUAUAUCUGUUCGGCAAGUACUGCAUCGCCAUAGUGAUGACCUCGGUGUACGUGUACACGGCCGAGCUGUACCCCACCCAGUACAGACACAACUUGUUCGCGUACUCCUCAAUGGUGGGCAGGAUCGGAUCUAUAUCUGCACCGCUGACCCCGGCACUUGCUCUAGAAGUAUGGGAAAGUUUUCCAUCGGUACUAUUUGGCAGUUUCGCUCUAAUAUCCGGUAUGUUGAUCUUCACGACGCCAGAGACCCUGGGCACCAAGCUGCCCGACACCAUGAAAGAUGCAGAAGAACUGGGAAGAAAAAAAGCAGAAGUUAAAUGAUCUCAAAUUAAAUAAGUUUUG